UGAUUGCAUUCAUCGUUUACUCUACAGAUCUGGCAUAUUAUUCACUCUGAACAUGAUUUGCAACAUUUGCUGUUGUCUAAAGGCUGCUUUUAAUCAGAUCAAUACACAAAUUACCACCCUGAAUACAACAUCAGAUCAUUCAAACGACCAUUUAUUCGAUAGAAUCAAAGAUUUAAGGCAAAAGUAUAGUUACGCAGUUCGAUCGACUCAAAGUGCUGAGAAGUUGUUUCGAUGUUACAUUACAAUAUUCUAUAUGCAAUACUUUUCUUACGUUACCAUGAACAGUGUUAUGUCAUUUGGACCAGAGACGAGCAUAGAUCCGUUUUGGUUGCUUUACAUAUUGCUUGAUACAAUGCAUUUCAUCAUUUUGACUCACCAUUUAGUUUCAGUGAGCAAUUUAUCUCGUGAAGGAUUGGAAGACUUGUAUGAACUUUCGUUCAAAUUAAACACGGCCGAAUCACGUCAUGAGAAUGACAUCUUUAUAGCGCGAAUGGCACUCAGUGAUGUUGGCUUUACUUUUGCCAAUCUCUUUACCAUAAACAACAAUUUCAUUACAUCGUUAUUUACCCUCUCAUUAACCAUCAUAAUUACCUUAGCAAGUUUCCUUUACCAAUGAAAGUUAAUUGUCUUUGAGAAUUAAAAUUUCAAUGAAUACUGAACACGCACUGAAACUCUGUAC